UGUCCCGGCUCCCGAGUCCCCUCCGGCUGUCCCGUGGCCUCGGCAUCUGGCGGUCACUGCAGCUGUCCCGUGGCCUCGGCACCUGGCGGUCACUGCGGCUGUCCCGUGGCCUCGGCACCUGGCAGUCACUGCGUCCCAGAGCCAGCGUCCCAGAGCCAGCGCCCCUGACCGUCGGGGCCAGGGAAGGCCAUGGUGUCCCUGCUGCAGGUUUUGUUCCUGGGGCUGAGUACCUUCGCUUAUCGCUGGGCACAAGUUUCCUGCCCGGGCCUGCCUGGAUCCCGCCAGGAAAUGGGAAGGAGGCUGCUGAGAAGGCUAAGGACUAGGUGUGGGGGCUCCUAGGGGCUGCAGCGGGAAGCGGUGGGGGUGGUGCGCAUCCUGGCCGGGUGUGCUCCUGGCCUGAGAGGCUUCAACCAACUCCUGGCGGGCGGAGAGCCCAGCCAGUCUGCGGCCUCUGCCCGUGCCUGGGCUGCCUGGUCACCACUCAGAGGUGGCGGUGCCCAGUGGCCAGGCCUCCUGCCGCCAGGAUCCUCAGGCCCGCGGGAUGGGAGCCCGAGGGUAUUCCCCCAAACGGCUUAGGACUCUGCCCGUCACCUCUCCAAAGGGCAAAACGCGAGCGUUUCUAGGUGCCACAUGGAUUCGCUUAGUCCCCUCCCUGAAACCCACAGCCCAGUCCACCUCCUGGACACGGACGCACGCAGCCACAACUUCGUACUUGGUUGUUGGGGACCUUCAUUCGUGCCCCAGCUCUGCCGACGUUCCCUGUGGCCCCAGAGGAUCCGCCCUGGUCGCCUGGAUCCCAAAAGGGCCCGCGGGAGCCUGCUGGGUCCCAGCUCUCCUCUCUCCCAGGGAGCGCACCUGUCGGGGCUGAGAGGGCGGGGGAGGGCGCGCAGCAGCCACCGGGCGGCUCCGACCUCGGCCCCAGGCUGUCCAUCCGGAGCUGCGGUUACCAGCGGCCUCCCAGCCCCUCCACCCCUCGGGGCAGGAACGCUCCGAUCCAGACCAGCCCGGUCACUCCCUCCCUACCUCCCUCUCGCCCGGGAAACUGCGGGAGCAAGUGGGCUACGCAGAAUGUACAUCAAAACCAUUAAACCUGCCCUUCCUCUCGGGCGUCUUCCCCUCCUCGCUGGAAAUCUGCGCCUCUGGAUACAAAUAAAUGGCACAUAACUGUGUCCUCCUCCGCGCCACACACCCGAAGGCGGAGGUUUCGGAGGAUUAGCGCUCGGGCGCUGAUGACGCUGAAAGCAGGCCCCAGGUUGCGGCCCCCAGGCACACCCGCCUCCUGCGCCCAGUUCCAGCUGCACGUGCCCUCGGGCCGCGACAGGGUCCUCGCGGUGGAGGGAGACGAGGUGGUGCUGCCGGCCUGGUACACCUUCCAGGGGGAGGCGGCCUCGGCCCAGCCCUGGGAGACGCUCACCCUGAUGUGGUUCCUGGAGCAGGAAGGGCAGGAUCUGAAGCAGGUGUUGGCGCACAUCAAUGGGGCCACAACAAGCCAAGAUGGAGCGUCCCUGGUCUACCCCAGGCCCUCCCGGAAUGUGUCCCUGCGGCUGCAGGGCCUCCGGGAGAAAGACUCUGGGUCCUACCGCUGCUCUGUGAACGUGCAAGACAAGCAAGGCACAAGCAGGGGCCACGACAGCAAAACUUUAAAACUUGACGUGUGGGUUCCUCCAGCUCCUCCAUCCUGCCAUCUUCUGGGUGCACCCCGUGUGGGGACCAAUGUGACCUUGAGCUGCAAGUCCCCAAGGAGUAAGCCCGCUGCCCUGUACCAGUGGGAGCGGUUACAACCAUCUGUUGAGGUUUUCUUUGCACCAGUUUUAGAUGCCAUAUCUGGCCUUUUAAGCCUCCGAAACCUUUCCAGUUCUAUGUCUGGAGUCUAUAUCUGCAAGGCCUCCAACAGGGUGGGCAGCGCCAGCUGCAACGUGACCCUGGAAGUGAGCACAGGGCCUGGGGCUGCAGUGGUUGCUGGAGCUGUUGUGGGCACCCUGGUUGGAUUGGGGCUGCUAGCUGGACUGGUCCUCUUGUACCGACGCCAGGGCAAGGUCCCAGAGGAGGUGGCCAAUGAUAUCAAGGAAGAUGCCACUGCUCCUCGGACUCUGCCCUGGCCGAAGGGCUCAGACACAAUCUCCAAGAAUGGGACCCUUUCCUCUGUCACCUCGUCACCAGCCCUCAGACCGCCCCACGGCUCUUCCAGGCUGGGUGCAUCGACCCCCACACGCAGUCUUGGUUGGGUCUCACCCUCUGCCCUGAGUCGCAAGGGUGCUGUCCCCGUGAUGGUGCCCGCCCAGAAUCAGGCUGGGUCUCUGGUGUGACAGCCCAGCCAUUUGUGGGCAGAGCCAUCUGGUGUCUCUCCUUCCUACAGUAAUUACAAUGGGGGUUACCCCAGCAUAAAGGCCUGAGUCUGGGGGGGUUGGCCCCCUCUAGAUCUCCAGUCCUUUGCACCCAUCCUUCUUUACUAUGGGAAAACUGGGUCUUAGUUAAGACUCAAACUUCCAGGAGGUAGAAGAAGAAGAGGAAAUGGACCUGGGGUUGGGAAGAGCCUGAACCCCCUCCUGGGGCCACCCUAAUACAGCAGAGGAAUGCUGCUGAGAUUGGCUACCUCCUACCCCCCAGCCCUGGUGGAGACUGCCAGUCAAUGAGUCCUUCCGGCCCUCUUGACCUCUAUCCCACCCCCAUCUAACACUACCCUUCACUCCCACUCCAGCUCCCUGCAUUAAUAUACCCUGUCCUGCUGGCUUGGUUGGGUUUUGUUGGGGCAGGGGACAGGGAAGAUAUUUGUUAAACUAACUUGAAAUGCGUGUUUUAAGAUGUGUGUUUUUAUUUUUAUUUUACAAACUGCAAUAAAGAUAUAUUGUGUUUGUAUGGAAA